AUGUCCGGCUUGAAGCCAUGCGGGGCUCAUAUAUUUCACGCGAGUUGCUGGACUAUACUGAGUCGACAAUUGGAAGAGAACAUUGAUCUGGAUAGACUUUUUGAUAUCUGCAAUGAUGUUGCGUCUUCAGGCAGAAAUGCAUCCUAUGAGGAUAUGUCCAUUUCAAGGCUCAUGUUGACGACCUUCAUAACUGAUUUGCCAACAGAAAUGGCGGAAAGCAGACACAUUUACCCUUUAGAACAACCUGACAUUCGAAACCUUCAAGGCAUUCGAGACAGAAGCAACUUUCAGCUCACGGAGAUACAACUAGGAGCGAGCCAAGAUAAUCUCAUCUCUGAAGACGACUGCUUUCGAUCGCUUCCUCCUGAGCUGAGAUCUAUGAUAGCGAACAAGCUGACCACCUUGGAAUUCUUCAACUUAAGAGAAGUAUCCCGAUCGAUGGGAGAAGUCUUUGAAGAUCAACUCUUCUGGAAGACAAGGUUCUUACCCUGUGGAGAGCGCGGCUUCCUCAAUUCUCUUUUAACAGAGCCCCAAUAUGAACCGAAAGAAGGGUCCCAGGCCUCCAAGCCGACAGACUGGAGACUGAUAUAUAGAUCUUCCGCGAAGCUGGGUGUGCGCGAUGCACAUAUUUGGGAGCUCCGCCGACGAUGGAAUAAUAAUCGUUGGCUGAGUGAGAGAUAUUCAAUGACCAAGGCCAGCGACGAAGAGAUAAGAUCUCAUGCCAGCUUAAUUUGUGAGAGAAAGUGGAAAACUCUCUCUUUGACGCCCAGAUGUGACAGAGUCCGCAGUCAAGUUCAAGCCCCGGGCCGGGGCGUAUGCGGGAAGUGCGCGAUGACACACAUACCAUCUGUGCAAGCGGUUCCGUUGGAUACAUCAGUUUCCAGCCUAGUGGUUUAUGUCCUGCGCGAAUCAUAUUACACUAACGUCACCGGGAUAGGUCUACUGGAGAAAGGACGUGGCGAGCCAAGCUUGAUCUUAGGGUAUCGUAUACCGGAUCAAUAUGUCUUGAUCGACAUCGAUGGGAAGGAGCUCAGGGGGUUCAACAUCUUUGCCGGGAGGCAUGCAAUAUACGCCAUACAAGCGGUCUUCAGAUUUGGCUGCAGCAAAUGGGCGGGCAAUCAAAAUGGCUCUAGGAAAUGUCAGCAGAUUCGUGCCAAAAAUCCCCUCUACGAUAAGUACCGUGAUACGCCGAGAUUCAUGCGCCUCACCACGAAAAACAGAAUCCAGGCACUUUCGGCAAAGCUUGAUUACUGCAAAUUGAUCGAGCUUGGUAUCUCUGAAGACCAAGUAGCAUAG